UGUCUCGAGACAGCCCCAGCUCACAACCUCCCCCUUCCUUCAGUUACCCCAAAUGUCAACUUAUACGCAUCAAUGCAGUGCACGCUCACACGCAACUGCCAUAGGCAUUGGCCGGCGUCGCGCCCUCACUCCUCGCUCAUCUCGAUACGGUCUACUGCCCUUGUCCAGGGCUUUGGUUCUUCAUGACAUGGCCUCUCUAUGCAACUCUUUAUAUACACACACUCACACACACACACACACAUCCCACCAAUUGUACUGGUAUGGAUACACUCGGUGCAACCACACUCGGAUUCCCCUAAACCGUCUUUUGAAUCUCAAAUUUUCCGCGCCAUUGCCCGCACCAUAUCGUUCAUUCCGCCAAAUAAGGCGAAAGCCCUCCCACGACUUACACACCACACGCAUAGGUGGUGCAAGAUAACCGCAAGUCAAACGACGCCUGCCAAUAUUUCCCCGCCGUUCAUCCCUGAGUGGGGAAACCCUCCCGCUGCUACGUAACUGGUGGGAUCCCCUACGUCAAUUGCCCUCCCUCCCUCGUCCUCUCCAACGUGGUUCCCCGUCCGGAUCGACGUUGCCCAGCGUUCGAGACAUGGCUGUUUUACGUCUACGAGUCAUUGAGCUUGUGUGUGAUCCCGCGCAACCGAUGCGAUGGCCGACUUCAUGUUCUGCCAUGGCUGCCAGCUGUUCGGGCGCUCAUCUUGAUAUACAAGAAUCGCUGCAGCCGGGACAUGCCCUUGGAAAAACGUUUGGCGACCGGUCCAUGGUCGUGUCAGACGACCGCGAU